CCAUCAUGCGAUGUGAAGUAAGCAGAGAUGUAACGGGACACAUCAGACCAUUCAACACAGACACGAACUCGUGUAAACUUAUUUCUGCUGAUGAUCAUUUCUGUCGUGUGCGGAUAAAUCUUCGCAUAUUUUCAUUGUUUGUAAGCCUUUGUGAUGUAAAUAAAUGUUAAAGUGUAAAUUAUCUAAAAACAGAAGUGUGCUUGCGGAAGUGAAAAUGUUCGAGACUAAAGGAGUUUUCUGCAUUUGUUUGGAUGUUUUCUGUCUGAUUAUGGCUGGACUUCCAUUUGCAGUCUUGAAUAUUCAGCACAAACCAUUCAAAAGAGGAUUUUUUUGCAGCGAUUACAGCCUCAAAUAUCCUUUUAAAGAUGACACGAUAUCUUACCAGUUACUGAUGGGAAUAAUGAUACCAUUCACACUCUUUAUAAUAAUCUUCUGUGAAUGUUUCUCUGUGUAUCUGCGCUCCAGAGCAUCUUUCACUUAUGAGUAUGUAGUCUGUGUGUACAAGAGCGUCGGUUCAUUUGUGUUUGGAGCAGCAUUAAGUCAGUCACUGACCGACAUCGCCAAAUACUCCGUCGGUCGACUGCGGCCACAUUUCCUGACUGUGUGUAAACCCGACUGGAACCUCAUUGACUGUAAAUCAGGUUAUAUUGAGAACUUCACAUGUACAGGAGACUCAACUAUCACCAAUGAGGGCAGGUUGUCCUUUUAUUCUGGGCACUCAUCAUUUUCUAUGUACUGUAUGCUGUUUCUUGCUCUGUAUCUUCAGUCUAGACUGACGUCUGGAUGGUCUCGGCUGGUGCGUCCCACUCUUCAGUUCUUCUUCAUCGCCACGUCUCUGUAUGUAGGUCUGUCACGUGUCUCUGAUUAUAAACACCACUGGAGUGAUGUUCUUACUGGACUCAUACAGGGAGCUAUUGUUGCUUUAAUUACGGUCUUUUAUGUAUCAGACCUAUUCAAAACUCAGUCCAAGUCAGAUCAAAAUGAGGAACUCUCUCACACAAGUCUUCAGGAAAACUCUGAUCUGACAAACAACUACGGCACUUCCCAAUGAGUCUAUGGAGGCUGAAUCUACAUUAUCUGCAUUAUCAGCCCAUUGUGUUUUAAUGAUCAUCUGUGUUCUGAUCCCUCAUUUCCUCUUUCCAUCAGAAGACGACAAACAUCUCAGAUCUCCUCCUCUCCUGAGAGAAAUUAAAACAUAAACUAUAUGUGUCUAAUAAAUGUCAACUGCUGUAGUUUAACUCACAUCAGUAGCUGUAGAAAUGUUUGUCCCAUUCAGCUUUGGUAGUCAACAUGUCUGUAAGUUCCUGUAAAAUGGAUGCAUUUUGUGCUUGGAAACCCUACGGAAAAACCCAGCUUAGACCAGCAUAAGCUGGUAGCUGGUUUAGUGUGGCAGUAGCUGGUCCUUCCAGCCUGACCAGCUUAAAAAGUGACCAAAACACAGCUAGACCAGCUCAAACCAACUCGCCAUCUUAAACUGGUCUUAGCUGGGUUUUUCAGUAGGGUAAUCACCGAUCCCAUGUUUUAGUUCCCUGUGUAUUGGAAACCUUUAGCUGUCACCUGCAUAAGUGUGCUUCAUUCAUUGCCUUUGCCCUUUACACACAAGUCAUUCAUGUUUAUUAGAGAAAAGACAACAGACGGACAUUAACCUGUGAAGUUGCAAAGUAAUAAAAGCAACUUUGAAUUGACUCGAUCCUUGUAUUAUUAGUUGCCUAAAUUGACGCGGCACAACUUCCAAAAUGCGAUCCAUUUGGCAGGGAUGUUGAUUUCCUGCACUGCUAUACUCUUACUAGAGCUGAAAUGUCUAUUGUUUGGUUGUGGUUUCUCUACCUUUUUGUUCCGGUAAUAGACUUCAGUGCAUGAAUCACAUUAUUAUUCAUAUUAUUAUCAUUUGUUUUAUAUUCUACAUUGAAUAGACUCCAAUGUAAUCUUUCUGUAGUAAAGAUGUACCCUGCUGUACUGUAAUGUGCUGUAGUCAAUGCAUCGGCUCAUUGAAUGUGGCUUUUGUUCUGUUAACCCUGUACUGAGCAUGGUGGGCCUUGCUAUUGAUCAAUGUUGUUUUAUUUGUUGCAUGGACUUAUUAUGACACAAAUCCACAUAUACUAAUAUUUUUCAAUAAAGAUGAUAGUAUUUUUCCUAA